AUUUAGAUGAGAUAAUUUAGGGGUGGCUGGAAUAAAAGAGGAGGACAGACCAAUGGAAGAUCAUUUAGAGGUGGAAAUCAAAGUUUCAGAGGCAACAGAAAUAAUAAUAAUAACAGAUCUAACAAUCAACAAGGGAACUUUAAAAAUACCUAGUUUAGAAGACCAUCUAAUUAAAAUUAGAAUUCAGGUUACAAUAGGUCAAGAAAUCAAAACAGAGGGGGAAGACCAUAAAGAGGAAGGGGAAAUUAAUAAGGAUAAGGAUUUUAAUAACAAAAUACUUAGCGAAGAAGAAGAUUUGGGUUCAAAUAAAAUAAUUAGAAUGUAAAUCUUAUUUUAAUUGGAUAGGGUGAAAAGAAGUAAAGGUUCAUCAAAACUGGCAGAAAGAAUAGGAUUAACUCAGAUGUUUAUAAGUUAGCCAAGGAUAUACAAAGUAUACCACAUCUUCUAUUAUUUAGGGAAAUCCAAAAUGGAAUAGGCAUUAGAUAAUUAUUGGAAGAAGGGUGAUUAAACAAAGAAUGACAAGCCUACUCAAGAUUCUAAUAAUGAAAAAUGA